GUUACUCCUUAGUCCAAUGUUACAUGUUUUGUAUAAAGGGCGAAUUGACUCUGUAAACCAAAACAGCCAAGUACUCAUCUACAUGUGUUGAAACAAAUCCCUAUACUUUAAUAUCACAUCAAAAUAAUUUCUCAAACGCAAAAUACACUUUUAAUGUCAACAGUUUUAACCGGUCAACACAGUUGCAGCAGACAGUACCUUUUUUUAAAGUAACACGUUUGUGGCGUACCUAGCACAGGUUGUCCACUCUGUCUUCCGUCUGUUUUCCCGUAAACAAGCGCUGUAACAUGGAGAUAUGGCCAUGUGGGAAUCCUAACCCUAUAAACGUAAGGCAAGAAACCAGGAUUACUUUUUAUGGCAGUGUCAAGAGCUACACAUUUCACCCCAGCAGUGAGAUUUCUUGGAUCCUGCUACAAACAGAGACUCUUGACCCCACACCUGUCUGUGGGAUGGAGGGCUAUCUCUGGAGGAGAGUACAGACGGCCAGGCCAGACACAGGACAACACCCCCAUAUGGAAGAAGUUGGACUUCAAUAAAGGUGUGGAGGGGAUACGAAAGCAUUUUACUCUGCUGAAGAAUGAGUUUCUGGGCCGCUGGACAGGGCCAGAGGGAAAGCCACUGAUCGAACAUAUCCUGGAACAGACCAGGGUGAUCUGGGAGUUCAGAGGGCCAGAGAGCCUGGAGCAGUGGACAGUGUCUUCAGACCAAGAGAUCGGCGGGAGGAGUGAGGCCUAUCUGAAGCUAGGCAGAAACAACACUACAUGUCUGAUGUAUGGGACCCUCUGUUCUGCUCCCCCCAGGGACGGAGAGACACGAUAUAGUGGAUACUGCACUCUACGUUCCAAACCGCCCAUGGGUUCGUUUGACAGUAAGAAGCAUCACGAUUGGUCCAGCUUCAACACCCUGCACCUGCGUAUCCGUGGUGAUGGGCGGCCAUGGAUGAUUAACGUUGGUGCGGAGACCUACUUCUCACACCAGAAGGACGACAUGUACAGUUACUUCCUGUACACACGGGGAGGACCUUACUGGCAAGAUGUCAAGAUUCCAUUCUCAAAAUUCUUCCUCUCUAGUCGCGGGAGGGUACAAGAUGAUCAGCAUCCUCUCUGGUUGGACAAAGUUAACACCAUAGGAAUAACAUUGGGUGAUAAGGCAGACGGUCCAUUUCAACUGGAGAUUGAUUUUGUUGCCGUGUGUAGCGACCGUGCACACACAGAGGAGUUUGCAUAUGAGGUAUACAAGAGGAACCCUGAAGUCUGAAGACAACAAGCACCAAGUCCCAAAAAAUAAGAAGAAAAAAAGUCUGCUUCAGGAAAUGCCAAAUUUACUACAUGUAUUUACAAUUCUGGAAAAAGUACAACACCUUAUACGCACUGUAAAACAUGUGAAUUACAGAUGACCAAAAUAUUUAACAUGUUAAUGUGAACAAUAAAGUACAUAACAUUGUAA